AUGGAUUCCAUAAGCGCAGCAGCACGAGCAGCAAUAAAUGAAUGUUUUAAUUAUAAUGUAUUGGCUUUCUUCAGCUUCAGAGGAAAAACUAAGCGAAGUUUUACCAACUUAAAGUUGUGUACUGUUAUUUAUGAAUCAUUGUCUAGUUUCCGUACUGAUCCAAAAGAUGAAGUCAAAUUCAAUCGAACUGUGGACAACUAUAUAAAACAUUAA